AUGGAGGUGGAUGAAGGAGCAAGUGUUGCUGUUGGUGGGAAGAUAAAAGUUGGAGUCUGCGUCAUGGAAAAGAAGGUCUCUUCAAGUCCCAUGGGACAAAUUCUGGACAGACUUGAGUCGUUUGGUGAAUUUGAGAUCUUACAGUUUGGGGAUAAAACCAUACUUGAAGAUCCAAUAGAAAGCUGGCCCAUUUGUGAUUGCUUAAUUGCUUUUCAUUCUUGUGGAUAUCCUCUUGAAAAGGCUCAGGCAUAUGCUGCUUUAAGAAAGCCAUUUUUAGUGAAUGAACUAGAUCCACAGUAUCUUCUUCAUGAUCGCCGCAAGGUGUAUGAGCAUCUUGAAAUGUAUGGCAUCCCAGUUCCUAGGUAUGCUUGUGUUAACAGAAAGGUACCAAAUGAAGACCUAGAUUAUUUUGUGGAGGAAGAAGAUUUUGUUGAGGUUAAUGGUGAACGCUUCUGGAAGCCAUUUGUGGAAAAGCCUGUCAAUGGAGAUGACCAUAGUAUCAUGAUAUACUACCCUAGCUCUGCAGGUGGAGGCAUGAAGGAAUUGUUCCGCAAGAUUGGGAACCGAUCGAGUGAGUUCCAUCCUGACGUCAGAAGAGUAAGGAGAGAGGGUUCCUUUAUAUAUGAGGAGUUCAUGCCCACCGGAGGAACUGAUGUCAAGGUCUACACAGUGGGCCCUGAAUACGCACAUGCUGAAGCAAGAAAGUCUCCUGUUGUUGAUGGUGUUGUUAUGAGGAAUAAUGAUGGCAAGGAGGUGAGAUAUCCAGUGUUGCUUACACCUGCCGAAAAGCAAAUGGCUAGACAACUUUGCAUUGCAUUUAGGCAAGCGGUGUGUGGGUUUGAUCUACUAAGAUCCGAGGGAUGUUCAUAUGUUUGUGAUGUAAAUGGAUGGAGUUUUGUCAAGAACUCUUACAAGUAUUACGACGAUGCUGCUUGUGUGCUAAGAAAAAUGUGUUUGGAUGCAAAGGCUCCUCAUCUUUCAUCGACUCUUCCUCCAAAUUUUCCGUGGAAGGUCAAUAAACCUGUAAAACCUAAUGAAGGACUAACUCGCCAAGGCAGUGAGCAAUCAGAAGAGCUACGUUGUGUCAUUGCUGUUAUUCGACAUGGCGAUCGAACUCCCAAACAGAAGGUGAAACUAAAAGUUACAGAGGAGAAACUGUUAAACCUGAUGUUGAAGUACAAUGGUGGAAAGCCGAGAGCUGAGACAAAACUAAAAAGUGCCGUCCAGUUACAAGACCUAUUAGAUGCCACAAGAAUGUUAGUUCCCCGUACAAGAUCAGGUCGGGAUAGUGAUAGUGAUCCAGAAGACCUUGAACAUGCUGAGAAGCUUCGGCAAGUUAAAGCAGUUCUUGAAGAGGGUGGACAUUUCUCUGGUAUAUACAGGAAGGUUCAACUGAAGCCACUGAAGUGGGUUAAAGUUCCCAAAAACGAUGGUGAAGGUGAAGAAGAAAAACCUGUAGAGGCUCUUAUGAUACUUAAAUACGGUGGUGUUCUAACACACUCUGGUAGAAAGCAGGUUUGUCAUUAUUUCACGAUGAAUGGUCUUAAUAUGAUUGCAGGUGAAGGGACUGGUUUGCUUCGUCUCCAUAGUACAUACCGUCAUGACCUUAAAAUUUACAGCUCUGACGAGGGACGUGUUCAGAUGUCUGCAGCUGCUUUUGCUAAAGGCUUGCUUGACCUAGAAGGACAGCUGACACCAAUCUUGGUUUCUUUGGUUAGUAAGGACUCUUCCAUGUUGGAUGGUCUUGAUACUGCCAGCAUUGAAAUGGAAGCGGCCAAGGCUAGAUUGAAUGAGAUUGUAACAUCUGGCAAAAAGAUGAUCCAUGAGAAUGGAUCCUCUGAAGAAUUCCCUUGGAUGACUGACGGAUCUGGAGUUCCUCCAAAUGCUCAACAACUCCUCCAUGAAUUGGUGACAUUGACCAAGAAUGUGACUGAACAAGUAAGAAUACUCGCAAUGGGUGAGAACGAGAACCUCACUCAUGAGCCAUAUGAUAUGUAUGAUCAAGCCAAGGCACUUGGAAAAACAAACAUUGACAGUGAUAGGAUUGCUUCUGGAUUACCAUGCGGUAGUGAAGGGUUCCUUCUCAUGUUUGCUCGAUGGAUAAAACUCGCAAGAGAUCUCUAUAAUGAAAGAAAAGACCGAUUUGACAUCACGCAGAUUCCAGAUGUUUAUGAUUCAUGCAAGUACGACUUGUUGCAUAAUUCCCAUCUUGGUUUAAAAGGAUUAGAUGAACUCUUCAAAGUUGCACAGUUGCUUGCAGAUGGUGUAAUCCCAAACGAGUAUGGAAUCAAUCCGCAACAGAAGCUUAAAAUCGGUUCAAAGGUUGCUAGGCGCUUAAUGGGGAAAAUAUUGAUAGACUUGAGGAAUACUCGAGAAGAAGCAAUGAGUGUUGCUGAACUGAAAGAACAAGUCACAUAUUCAUUAUCUGCCUCCAAAAAGCAGCAUGACAAAAACAGUCCACCAAAGCUUUUUAUCAAUAGCGAUGAUGUGAGACGGCCUGGCGCAUGCGAUAAGAAUGAUGAUGAUGAUGAUAAAGAAACUAAAUACCGUUUAGAUCCUAAGUAUGCAAAUGUCAAGAAACCUGAACGUCAUGUGAGGACUAGACUCUACUUCACAUCGGAAUCGCAUAUUCAUUCGCUGAUGAACGUACUUAGAUACUGUAACCUCGACGAAUCACUUCAAGGAGAAGAUAGUCUCAUCUCCCAAAACGCAUUGGAACGUCUUUUCAAAACAAAGGAACUUGAUUACAUGAGCUACAUUGUCCUAAGACUCUUUGAAAACACCGAGGUAUCACUCGAAGACCCCAAGAGAUUCCGCAUUGAACUUACAUUCAGCCGUGGAGCUGAUUUGUCUCCCUUAGAGAACAAUGACGAGGAGGCAGAGUCAUUGCUAAGGGAACACACGCUUCCAAUAAUGGGACCAGAGAGGCUUCAAGAGGUUGGUUCUUGUUUAACACUGGAGACUAUGGAGAAGAUGGUUCGUCCAUUUGCUAUGCCCCCUGAAGACUUCCCUCCCGCUUCGGCUCCGGUUGGUUUCUCCGGUUACUUUUCCAAAAGCGCUGCAGUGCUCGAGCGUCUAGUUAAACUCUUCCACAACUACAAAAACUCUUCUUCUAAUGGAAAAAGCUGAAGGGCAUGUCGAGAUCAACCAAAGAACGAGUUGGUAAAGUUUUGGAUAUCUAUUUGUAUGUUGUUUUUGUGGGAAUUUAACAGGUACGUAGUGUAUGUUUCAGGGUUUCUUUGUAACUACCCAAAAAAUCCUGAACAUUGUCAUUUAUGGUCCACUAAAAGCCUAAUAAGGUAUUAUUCCCAAAUAUUUCCUCCGUUUCACUUUAAUUUUCAUUUAAACUUUUUGUACACAAAAAAUAUUUAAUUUUAUAUAGUUUCAA